GCAUCCUGUAUGAAAAAGCCAUUUGAUUAUAGAGAAGUCCACUCAGUGAAAGAGGAUGCUGAUGAAAAUCUGAUGGAGGCACAGGGUCCAUCAUCCACAAGUCUGUUUAGUGAUUACCCUGCUAGUACUUUGAAUGAUGCAAAUGAUUCUGGAGAGAACCAGAGUACUGUUGGUGCCAUGAAUCCUUUAACUGCUGACUACCUGUCAAAGCAAGAUCAUCUUCUUUUAGACAUGCUCAGGUUCUUGUGCCUAUGUGUAACUGCAUCUCAGAACAAUACUGUGUCUUUUAGAGCAGCUGAUAUUAGAAGAAAGUUGUUAAUGCUACUUGAUUCUAGCACACUAGAUCUUACUAAAUCCCUCCAUCUACAUAUGUACUUAGGUCUUCUGAAGGAUCUCCCUGGAAGAGAACAUUCAUUGCCAAUGGAAGAUGUUGAUGAACUUCUAAAACCAUUAUCCCUUGCAUGUUCUCUGCAUCGUCGUGACCAAGAUGUUUGUAAAACAAUUUUAAGCCAUGUCCUUCAUAUAGUGACAAACCUAAGUCAGGGCAGUGUAGACACUGAGAGCACAAGGAAUGCUCAAGGACAGUUCCUGACAGUGAUUGGAGCAUUUUGGCAUCUAACAAAGGAGAAGAAAUGUAUAUUCUCUGUAAGAAUGGCAUUAGUAAAGUGUCUUCAAACUCUACUUGAGGCCGAUCCAUAUUCCAAAUGGACGACUCUUAAUGUAAAGGGCCAAGACUUUCCUGUAAAUGAAGUAUUUCCACAGUUUCUUGCUGAUGAUCAUCACCAAGUUCGGAUGUUGGCUGCAGGGUCAAUCAAUAGAUUAUUCCAGGAUGUGAAACAUGGAGAUUCUUCCAGAUGCUUGAAAGCACUACCUUUGAAGUUUCAGCAAACAGCUUUUAAAAAUGCAUACAUGAAAGCAGAGGCAGCCAUAAGAGAAGUGUCGUGUGAUACUCAGAACCCUGAUCUUCUGGAUGAGAUUCAUAAUAGAAAAUCUGUUUUACUGAUGGUGAUAGCUGUGAUCUUGCACUGUAGCCCUGUCUGUGAAAAACAGGCUCUGUUUGCCUUAUGCAAAUCUGUGAAGGAAAAUGGAUUAGAACCUCAUCUUGUCAAAAAGGUUUUAGAGAAAGUCUCUGAAUCUUUUGGGAGUAGAUGUUUAGAAGACUUCAUGGCUUCUCAUCUAGAUUACCUGGUUUUGGAGUGGCUGAACCUUCAAGAUACUGGAUACAACUUAUCUUCCUUUCCUUUUAUUUUAUUAAACUACACAAGUAUUGAGGAUUUCUAUAGGUCUUGUUACAAGGUUUUGAUUCCACAUUUGGUGAUUAGAAGUCAAUUUGAUGAGGUGAAGUCCAUUGCUAAUCAGAUUCAAAAGUGUUGGAAAAGUCUGUUGAUAGACUGCUUUCCAAAGAUUCUUGUGCAUAUUCUUCCUUACUUCGCCUAUGAGGGCACAGGAGACAGCAGCAUAACACAGAAGAGAGAGAUUGCUACCAUGGUCUAUGAUACACUUAAAGGCGAAGACUUACUAGGAAAACAGAUUGAUCAAGUAUUCAUUAGUAAUUUACCAGAGAUUGUGGUGGAGUUAUUGAUGACAUUACAUGAAACAGCUGAUUCUGAUGCCAGUCAAAGCACUGACCUCAGUGACUUUUCAGGGGAUUUGGAUCCUGCUCCUAAUCCACCAUAUUUUCCAUCCCAUGUUAUUAAAGCAACAUUUGCCUAUAUCAGUAACUGUCAUAAAACCAAGUUCAAAAGCAUUUUAGAAAUUCUUUCUAAAAUCCCUGAUUCCUAUCAGAAAAUUCUUCUGGCCAUUUGUGAACAAGCAGCUGAGACAAAUAAUGUCUAUAAAAAGCACAGAAUUCUUAAAAUAUAUCACCUGUUUGUUAGUUUAUUACUGAAAGAUAUGAAAAGUGGCUUGGGAGGAGCUUGGGCCUUUGUUCUUCGAGAUGUUAUUUAUACUUUGAUACACUAUAUCAACAAAAGGCCUUCUCAUUUCACAGAUGUAUCAUUGCGGAGCUUUUCCCUUUGUUGUGAUCUGUUAAGUCGAGUAUGCCAUACAGCUGUAACUCACUGUAAGGAUGCUCUAGAAAACCAUCUUCAUGUUAUUGUUGGCACACUUAUACCGCUUGUGGAUUAUCAGGAGGUUCAAGAACAGGUAUUGGACCUGUUGAAAUACUUGGUAAUAGAGAAUAAGGACAAUGAAAAUCUCUUUGUCAUGAUUAAACUUUUGGAUCCUUUUCCUGACCAUGCUGUUUUUAAGAAUUUGCGGCUUACUCAACAGAAAAUCAAAUAUAGUGGAGGACCAUUUUCACUUUUAGAGGAAAUUAACCAUUUUCUUUCAGUAAGUGCUUACAAUCCACUUCCACUGACCAGGCUUGAAGGACUGAAGGAUCUUCGAAGACAACUGGAACAACAUAAAGAUCAGAUGCUUGCUCUUAUGAGAGCAUCUCAGGAUAACCCACAGGAUGGUAUUGUGGUGAAGCUGGUUGUCAGCUUAUUGCAGUUAUCCAAGAUGGCAGUGAACCAGACUGGUGAAAGAGAAGUUUUAGAGGCUGUUGGAAGGUGUUUGGGAGAAAUAGGUCCUCUGGAUUUCUCUACUAUAGCUGUACAGCAUAAGAAAGAUACAUCUUAUACGGAAGCUCAUGGGUUACCUGAAGAUAAAGAACUUCAGUGGACCUUGAUAAUGCUGACCACCCUGAACAAUACACUGGUAGAAAACAGUGUCAAAAUUCGAUCAGCUGCUGCUACCUGUUUGAAAAACAUUUUGGCUACAAAGACUGGACACAGUUUCUGGGAGACUUAUAAGAUGUCUGAGGAUCCCAUGCUGACCUAUCUACAACCUUUUAGAACAUCAAGGAAAAAGUUUUUAGAAGUACCCCGAUUUGUUAAAGAAGAUGCCUUUGAAGGCCUGGAUGAUGUGAAUCUGUGGGUCCCUCAAAGUGAAAGUCAUGACAUUUGGAUAAAGGCACUGACAUGUGCCUUUUUGGACAGUGGAGGCAUAAAAAGUGAAGUUCUUCAGUUAUUAAAGCCAAUGUGUGAGGUGAAACCUGACUUCUGUCAGACUGUGCUGCCAUAUUUGAUCCAUGAUGUCCUACUCCAAAAUACACAUGAAUCAUGGAGAACUCUGCUGUCUACACAUGUCCGAGGAUUUUUCACUAGCUGUUUUAAACACUUUUCACAGGCAAGCCGAUCAGCAACUCCUGCAAAUUCAGAUUCAGAGCCAGAGCACUUCCUCAGAUGCUGUUUGGAUAAAAAUUCACAAAGAACAAUGCUUGCUGUUGUCGACUAUAUGAGAAGGCAGAAGAGGCCUUCUUCAGGAACAGCUUUUGAUGAUGCUUUCUGGCUGGAUUUGAAUUAUCUGGAGGUUGCAAAGGUGGCUCAGUCUUGUGCUGCUCACUUCACGGCAUUGCUCUACGUAGAGAUCUACUCAGAUAAGAAAAGCAUGGAUGAGCAAGAGAAAAGAGAUGUUCUUAUGGUAAACAGAAGUCCAACAUUUGAAGAAGGAAGUCAAGGUACAACUAUUUCUAGUUUGAGUGAAAAAAGUAAAGAAGAAACUGGAAUAAGCUUACAGGAUCUUCUCUUAGAGAUCUACAGAAGCAUAGGAGAGCCAGACAGCCUAUAUGGCUGUGGUGGAGGGAAAAUGUUACAACCCCUUACUCGAAUACGGACUUAUGAACAUGAAGCAAUGUGGGGGAAAGCCUUAGUAACAUACGACCUGGAGACCACAAUAUCUUCCUCAACCCGCCAGUCAGGAAUAAUUCAGGCCUUACAGAAUUUGGGGCUCUCCCAUAUUCUUUCCAUCUAUUUAAAAGGAUUAGAUCAUGAAAAUAGAGAGUGGUGUGCUGAACUGCAGGAACUUUAUUAUCAAGCAGCAUGGAGGAAUAUGCAGUGGGACCUCUGCAGUUCUGCCAACCAAGAACUAGAAGGAGCCAGUUACCAUGAGUCAUUGUAUAAUGCUCUGCAGUCUCUAAGAAACAAUGAAUUCUCCACGUUUUAUGAGAGUCUCAGAUAUGCCAGAGUGAAAGAAGUUGAAGAGUUGUGUAAGGGCAGCCUUGAAUCUGUAUACUCUCUGUAUCCCAUACUUAGUAGAUUACAGGCCCUUGGAGAACUGGAAAACAUGGGGGAGCUUUUCUCAAGGUCAGUCACAGAUAGAGAUUGCUCUGAAGUGUACUUGAAGUGGCAGAAACACUCCCAGCUUCUGAAGGACAGUGACUUUAGUUUUCAGGAGCCACUCAUGGCUCUACGCACAGUAAUUCUGGAGAUCCUGGUACAAAAGGAAAUGGAGAACUCCCAAGGAGGAUGCUCUAAGGACAUGCUCACCAAACACCUUGUAGAAUUCUCUGUUCUAGCCCGAACCUUCAAGAACACCCAGCUCCCUGAAAGAGCAAUAUUUAAAAUUAAGCAAUAUAAUUCAGCUAUUUGUGGAGUCUCUGAGUGGCAUUUGGAAGAAGCACAAGUGUUCUGGGCAAAAAAGGAGCAGAGUCUUGCCUUAAAUAUUCUCAAACAAAUGAUCAAGAAAUUGGACUCCAGCUUUAAAGAGAAUGAUGCAGGUCUAAAGGUCAUAUACGCAGAGUGUCUGAGGGUGUGUGGCAACUGGCUGGCGGAAACUUGCUUAGAAAAUCCUGCGGUCAUCAUGCAGACCUACCUAGAAAAGGCAGUGAAAGUUGCUGGAAGUUAUGAUGGCAAAAGCAGUGAACUCAGAAAUGGACAGAUGAAGGCAUUUCUCUCAUUAGCACGGUUCUCCGAUACUCAGUACCAGAGAAUUGAAAACUACAUGAAAUCAUCAGAAUUUGAAAAUAAGCAAGCUCUCUUAAAAAGAGCCAAAGAAGAAGUGGGCCUUCUAAGGGAACAUAAAAUUCAAACUAACAGAUACACAGUAAAGGUUCAGAGAGAACUGGAGCUAGAUGAAUGUGCUCUCCGUGCACUGAAAGAGGAUCGUAAACGCUUCCUGUGUAAAGCAGUUGAGAACUACAUCAGCUGCUUGCUAAGUGGAGAAGAACAAGAUAUGUGGGUAUUCCGGCUUUGCUCCCUCUGGCUUGAAAAUUCUGGAGUUCCUGAAGUCAAUGGAAUGAUGAAGAGAGAUGGAAUGAAGAUUUCAUCAUAUAAAUUUUUGCCUCUCAUGUAUCAAUUGGCUGCUAGAAUGGGAACCAAAAUGAUGGGAGGCCUAGGAUUUCAUGAAGUCCUCAAUAAUCUGAUCUCUAGGAUUUCAAUGGAUCACCCCCAUCAUACUCUGUUCAUUAUAUUGGCCUUAGCAAAUGCAAACAAAGAUGAACUUUUGAGCAAACCAGAGGCAGCAAGGAGGAGUAGAAUAACCAAAAAUGCACCCAAAGAAAGCUCCCAGCUUGAUGAGGAUCGAACAGAAGCUGCAACCAAAAUAAUCCAUACCAUCAGAAGGGAGAGAUGUAAGAUGGUGAAGGACAUGGAGGCUCUCUGUGAUGCCUACAUUAUAUUGGCAAACUUGGAUGCCUCCCAGUGGAGGAGUCAGAGAAAAGGUAUCAAUAUCCCAACAAAUCAGCCAAUCACUAAACUGAAGAAUUUAGAAGAUGUAGUUGUUCCCACUAUGGAAAUUAAGGUUGAUCCCACAGGAGAAUAUGAAAAUCUGGUGACUAUAAAAUCAUUUAAAACAGAAUUUCGCUUGGCAGGAGGUUUAAAUUUACCAAAAAUAAUAGAUUGUGUGGGUUCUGAUGGCAAGGAAAGGAGACAGCUUGUCAAGGGCCGUGAUGACCUGAGGCAAGAUGCUGUCAUGCAACAGGUUUUCCAGAUGUGCAAUACACUACUGCAGAGAAACACUGAGACUAGAAAGAGGAAACUCACUAUCUGCACAUACAAGGUGGUUCCCCUCUCUCAGAGAAGCGGUGUUCUUGAAUGGUGCACAGGAACCAUCCCUAUUGGUGAAUAUCUUGUCAACAAUGAAGAAGGUGCUCAUAAAAGAUACAGGCCAAAUGAUUUCAGUGCCUUUCAGUGCCAAAAGAAAAUGAUGGAAGUGCAAAAGAAGUCUUUUGAAGAGAAAUAUGACACCUUCAUGACUAUUUGCCAAAACUUUGAACCAGUUUUCCAUUACUUCUGCAUGGAAAAAUUCUUGGACCCAGCUGUUUGGUUUGAGAAACGAUUGGCAUAUACACGUAGUGUAGCCACGUCUUCUAUUGUUGGUUACAUCCUUGGACUUGGUGAUAGGCAUGUACAGAAUAUCUUGAUAAAUGAGCAGUCAGCAGAACUGGUACACAUAGAUUUGGGAGUGGCUUUUGAGCAGGGUAAAAUCCUUCCCACUCCAGAAACAGUUCCAUUUAGACUCAGCAGAGAUAUUGUGGAUGGCAUGGGCAUCACUGGUGUGGAAGGUGUCUUCAGAAGAUGCUGUGAGAAAACCAUGGAAGUUAUGCGCAGUUCUCAGGAAACUCUGCUAACCAUUGUAGAGGUCCUUUUGUAUGAUCCACUCUUUGACUGGACUAUGAAUCCUUUAAAAGCUUUGUAUUUGCAGCAGAGGCCAGAAGAUGAGACAGAUCUCCAUUCUACCCCCAAUGCGGAAGAUCAGGAAUGCAAACGAAGUCUUAGUGAUAUUGAUCAGAGUUUCAACAAAGUAGCUGAACGUGUCUUGAUGCGGUUGCAAGAGAAAUUGAAAGGCGUGGAAGAAGGCACUGUGCUCAGUGUGGGUGGACAGGUGAACUUGCUUAUCCAGCAGGCCAUGGAUCCCAAAAAUCUCAGCCGACUUUUCCCAGGAUGGAAAGCUUGGGUGUGACCUUCAGCACAGGAAUUACCCUUAAAUUCAGACUUCAAAAAUUACAUCUCAGCCACCAUAUUUGGAUAGGAAUUAUUUAAGUUAAUGACUGCAUUUGAACCAGUUUUCUACUUGAUUCAUCACCACCCAAAAAUUGGCAUUUCUGCUCUCAUAUGUUAGAAGUAAUAGUUACUCAAGAUCUUCUCCUAGGGUAAAUGUUGACCCUUAAGGUCAUGCUUGUACUGUUUUCAGUAGGAUCACCAAGGUACACAAUGAACUGUAAACAGCGGGAGCAGCAAAGUGAGCUUUACUUUUGGUGUGCAUUAGGACAAGUUCAUAACUUCUACUCUAAGAAGUUUUCAGUUAAAAUAUGUUCCCAAGAGCUGGGCACUGGUGGUGUACACCUUUAGCCCCAGCACUCGGGAGGCAGAGGCAGGAGGAUCUCUGUGAGUUCAAGGCCAGCCUGGUCUACACAGUGCAAAGCAAUACAGAGAAGACCUGACUCAGAAAAAAAAAAAGAAAAAAGAGAGUUCCCAGACAGUCAUUGUGUGUGCAUACACACACAUGCACACAACAAAGUACUUAAUGAUAUUGUGAAAAGCGUAGACUGUAAAAUUGUAAUUGUCAAUAUGUCAUGGGGAACUCACAUUAAUAUAAAUGUUGAGUUGGAGUCUAGCUCAGUGUAGAAAAUGUACCCAACCUGUCUGACGCCCCAAUUUCAAGACUAGAAUUGCAGAUUCAAGUGGGGGAAGCAUGUUGAAAGCAAAGUAGUAUAGGUUGAACAUCCUUAAUUCCCAAGCCCAAAACAUGUGGUGUUUCUGACAUAUUGGGUACAUUUCAGAGGUUCAGAUUAGGUGGAUAGCUAGUCUUAGCUUGUAGUCUGCACAAAUACUCCACAAUCUGAAAAUGUCCAAAACCAGAAGCAGCUCUGGUCCUCAGUAUUUUUAGGAGGGGACACUGACUAAUUUCAAGCCAGUCCUGGUGGCACACCCCUUUUAUACUAGCACUCAGGAGGCAGAAGCAGUCAGAUCUCUGAAGUAGAGGCCACCCUGGUCUACAGAGGUUCUAGGAUAGUCAAGGCUACACAGAGAAAUCGUGUCUCUAAAACCAAAGCAGAAGAAAUGGUCUGAUUUCAGUUGCAGGGUCACUCAGCAUUCCCAAGUGAUGAGGUCUAUAGAGGAAGAGCAUGGCUGGUGUAGCUAGUGGUGUUUAAGUGAGUUCUGUGCUUUUUCUCUUUCAAGCCCUUUAGUAGUCACCAUUGCUGUAUUUUUCUCUUCUUACGUUUCUUCUAGUUCACAAAUUCUCCUGUUAACUACAUCUGUUCUCCUGUUAACCCGUUCAUUGGAUUCUUUCAAAAAUUAGUUUUCAGGGUUGACAAAAUGGCUCAGUGGGUAAAAGUGCUUGCUAUGCAAGGCUGAUGACCUGAGUUCCAUCCCCAGAACCCAUGUAAAGGUGGAAGGGCAGAAUCAGCAGAGCUGUCCCCUGACUCCACAUGCUUGCCAUGGCACGUACAUGUCCACAUACACAUACUCACAACAAUUAAGUUUAAACUUUUUAGAUUUCAUUUGCAGCUGUGUGCCGUGGAACUAACAGAUCCACCUGUUUCUGACUCCGAAGUGUUGGGAUUAAAGGUGUACACCACCACAUUCAGCUUAAUUAACUUUUCAAGUCCUUUCCCGUCACCAUCUUAAACAUCUCAUUCUGUGAUCCCUCUGAUAGUUUUAUUAAGCUAAGGGCUGGGUGUUUGUAUUGUUGAUUUUGGGGUUUAGUGGGCUAAUUUGUCAUUUUGAAAGGUGAACUCAUUUUUAGCCCCCUUCACACACAUGCAUGCGUGCUCGUGCGUGCGCGUGCGCGUGCACACACACACACACACACACACACACACACACACACACACACACACACACACACAAUGUGUGUGUGAGAAUCCUGGGUAGCCUCGGUAAAGAGUGAUUCUUUAAAAUAGCUUGCUAAUAUCUCAUCCCCAGGGACAUCACAGACAUUUCUGGCUCCAGGGCUUUAGAUCUCAGGAGUAGUGUAGAUUUCUGAGAGCAGAAGAGUCUCCUAGGCCAUGGUUACCUGAUUUCUGUCCUCUCUGUGAUAAUAGAGUGUUUUACUGGUACCAUUUUCGUGAAGACUAAGCCUGCAUGUGUCUCACCAUGGUGGCAGGGUGAAGGGAGGUGCACUUAAUGCCUCUCACUUGCUGUUUGCAAGCCUAAGAUUCUUUAGUCCAUAUAUAUAUGUGUGUGUAUGGAUGUAUGUAUGUAUGUAUGUAUGUAUAUGUAUAUGUAUAUAUGUAUAUACACAUAUACUCUCACACAUAUAUACAUGGUUACACAUAUAUGCAUGGUUACACAUAUGGGUAUUUAUAUAUAUACACCCAUACACAAAGCCAAACUCUUAGUUUCUGCAAAUUGUUAAGAAAAUUAUUUUGUAUUUUAACUUUCCUUCUUAGUGUCUUUUGUCAGAGUUGCUUAUGGAUAUUUGGUAUCUACUGAUGUAGUAAAUCAAGAGAAUGUAUUACACUUAGAAUGUCUUUAAGAAAGUGUUGACCUCUUUGUAGAUAGAGGAUGAUAUUAACUGAUAAGGGCUAGCUAAAUGAAUUUGUAAUGUUUCUGUAGUUAAAUCACUGAAGAGGUUAGAAUUAUAUAAUUGACCCAUUCUUCACCUUUGAAUUAUAUGCCACAAACAUAUGCUAUUCAGAUUUUAUCAAUGGCUUUGAAAAGUCUGUAUCAGGUUUUUCAGGGAAACCUAGAAGCAGCUAAUUGAAAUGUGAAAAGAUUAAGUUAGAAAAUAUUUUUGACAGGCUUGAUUAAAAUGGGCAGUUACCAGGAGCCAAUGAGGUUAGCUUUACAGGUAUUUCCUUUAUGCCAAGUACCUGAUAUGUCUAUGAUAAGCAACACUUCUGAUUCUUACAACAAAACCUGAUGCCAGGCAGUGGUGAUGCACACCUUUAAUCCCAGCACUUGGGAGGGAGAGGAAGGUGGAUGGAUCUCUGUGAAUUCGCCAGCUUGUUCUACAAAGUUAAGUUCCAGAAUAGCCAGCUAGUUCUCUUGUUACACAAAGAAAUAGAGAAGCUGCUAGAAAAGGAAGUUGGACAGCUAAUGUGUCUAGAGGGAGGGAGGCAACAGCCCCUCUCCCAACCUUGUGUUCUUGUACCCCCUCAAAGUGCUUCCAAAUCGGGCCCCAAAUCUAAGGUCAUCAUAGUGUUCACUUAAAAUGGGAAAAAAUGUGCGCCUAGAAAUCUGUCACAAAUUUAAAUAUGGUGUAAAAGGAACAAAAGCAAAAAGACAGAACCUUGCACACCUUAAGGUUUAUAAUAACCAUCUUUUUAAGAAGGCCAGUAUAAAAGAGAGAAAAGUGCCAUUUCAAGUGUUUUAGUUGCACCUUAAAGGAAUUACAUAUUUUAUAUAGAUUUGUUUAGCACUUUUAAAUGUAAUUCUGUUACAUUGUUACUUGAAUGUUAUAAUUUUUUAAAUAAACUGUACAAGUUUAUAUUAACUAUA